GGCGGCCCGCCCGCAGCUCGCCGUUUGACAGAUGCUCAUCGCCAUGGAGUUGCCGCAGCAGCACCUUGGGGGGCUCCGGCGAGCGACUGGAGCCAGGAUCUGAGCGAGCGCCGGGGCCAGCCGAGCCGGAGCCGCAGGGACAUGGUUGCAGAUCUGAUCUCUUCUGAAAACCUCACUGUGUCGCCAUCCCCGGGACUCUGAACCUGGUAGCUGGAUCAUUUUGUCCUUGGAAUUUUGGGUGUCCUCUCUUCUCACCUUUCGCUUUUCCCCUUCCCCCUCCUGAGAACUCCUGAAGACUGUAGAACUGUCAUGGAGUCCAGGGAGAUCUUAAGCAGCUCCCGGCAAAGAGGGGGAGAGUCGGAAUUCCUGCCAGUCUCCUCAGCCAAGCCCCCGGCUGCUCCGGGCUGUGCAGGAGAACCUUUGCUCUCUGCUCCAGGACCUGGGAAGGGGGUCCCAGUGAGUGGAGAACGCAUGGAGCCAGAGGAGGAGGAUGAACUGGGCUCAGGGCGGGAUGUGGAUUCCAACUCCAAUGCAGACAGCGAGAAAUGGGUGGCAGGAGAUGGCCUGGAGGAGCAGGAGUUUUCUAUCAAGGAGGCGAAUUUCACAGAGGGGAGUUUGAAGCUGAAGAUUCAGACCACAAAGCGGGCUAAGAAACCCCCAAAGAAUCUGGAGAACUAUAUAUGCCCACCUGAGAUCAAGAUCACUAUCAAGCAGUCUGGGGACCAGAAGGUGUCUCGUGCUGGGAAAAAUAGCAAAGCUACAAAGGAGGAAGAAAGAAGCCACUCUAAAAAGAAGCUCCUCACAGCCAGUGACCUUUCCGCCAGUGACCUCAAAGGAUUUCAGCCACAGGCUUACGAGAGGCCCCAGAAACACUCAACUCUCCACUACGACCCGGGCCUCCCACAGGACUUCACCAGUGACACCUUAAAACCAAAGCACCAGCAAAAAAGCAGCAGCCAGAACCACGUGGACUGGUCCACCAGCUCUGACAGUGGACCCGCCACUCAGAAUUGCUUCAUCAGUCCAGAGUCUGGCAGAGAAACUACAAGCACCAGCAAGAUCCCAGCUCUUGAGCCCAUGGCUUCCUUUGCAAAAGCCCAGGGUAAGAAAGGCAAUGCAGGGAGCACGUGGAGUCAGUUGUCUAACAAUAGCAAAGAUUUGCUCUUGGGGAGUGUGGUUCCAUCCCCAAGCAACCACAGCUCACCAGCUCCACCCAGCAGCUCUGCUGAGUGCAAUGGGCUUCAGCCCCUGGUAGAUCAAGAGGGAGGAGGUGCAAAGGAGCCCCCAGAACCACCUAUUAUAAGUAGCAAGAAAAAGUCCAGCAAGAAAGAUGUGAUAAGUCAAACUGUACCAAACCCAGACCUGGACUGGGUCAAGAAUGCCCAGAAAGCAUUUGAUAACACAGAAGGGAAAAGGGAAGGCUACUCUGCAGAUAAUGCCCAAGAGGCAUCGCCAGCCAGGCAGAGCAUGAGUUCCAUUAGUAAUCCUGAAAAUGACUCAAGUCAUGUCCGGAUUACUAUCCCCAUCAAGGCACCUUCUCUAGAUCCAACCAGCUACAAGAGGAAAAAGAGGCAGUCCAUUAAAGCAGUGGUGGAAAAGAUCAUACCAGAGAAAGCCCUGGCUUCUGGAAUUGCUAUGAGCAGUGAAGUAGUUAACAGGAUACUCUCCAACUCUGAGGGAAAUAAAAAAGAUCCCCGUGUGCCUAAGUUGGGUAAAAUGAUAGAGAAUGAGUCCCCCUCAGUUGGCAUUGAAACUGGUGGAAAUACCGAGAAAGUUGUCCCAGGAGGUGUGCCUAAGCAGCGAAAGCCACUCAUAGUCAUGACGCCUCCAACAUGCACAGACCACUCACCAUCAAGAAAGCUGCCAGAAAUCCAACAUCCAAAAUUUGCUGCAAAACGGAGGUGGACGUGCAGCAAACCAAAACCCACCAGUAUGCUCCGUGAGGCAGUCAUGGCCACCUCUGAUAAACUUAUGGUGGAACCGCCAUCUGCUUACCCCAUCACCCCAUCCAGCCCUCUGUACACCAACACAGACAGUCUUACUGUGAUCACUCCAGUCAAAAAGAAGCGGGGACGACCAAAGAAGCAGCCUUUACUCACAGUUGAGACAAUUCACGAGGGUACUUCCACCAGCCCAGUCAGUCCCAUCAGCCGAGAGUUUCCUGGCACCAAGAAAAGAAAGAGGCGACACAAUUUAGCUAAGUUGGCCCAGCUAGUACCAGGAGAGGACAAACCCAUGAGCGAGAUGAAAUUUCACAAAAAAGUUGGAAAGCUUGGUGUGUUGGAUAAGAAGACCAUCAAAACGAUCAAUAAGAUGAAGACACUCAAGAGGAAAAAUAUCUUGAACCAGAUCUUGUCCUGCUCCAGCAACAUUGCUUUGAAGGCGAAAGCUCCCCCGGAAACCAGCCCAGGGGCAUCAGCAAUCGAAAGUAAACUGGGCAAGCAGAUUAACGUCAGCAAGAGGGGAACCAUCUACAUUGGCAAGAAGAGGGGCAGGAAGCCAAGAACAGAGCUGCCACCCCCAUCCGAAGAACCCAAAACAGCCAUCAAGCACCCAAGGCCUGUUUCUAGCCAGCCGGAUGUUCCAGCCGUGCCUUCCAACUUUCAGUCACUUGUGGCAUCUUCACCAGCAGCUAUGCACCCACUUUCAACACAGUUAGGUGGGUCAAAUGGCAACCUGAGCCCCGCCAGCACUGAAACCAAUUUUUCAGAGUUGAAAACUAUGCCAAAUCUCCAGCCCAUCAGUGCUCUUCCAACCAAAACCCAAAAGGGAAUACACAGUGGAACCUGGAAGCUGUCACCACCCAGGCUGAUGGCCAACUCACCUUCACACCUUUGUGAGAUCGGCUCACUAAAGGAAAUAACGCUGUCCCCUGUGAGUGAGUCGCACAGUGAGGAGACGAUACCAAGUGACAGUGGCAUCGGGACAGACAACAACAGCACGUCUGACCAAGCGGAGAAGAGUUCAGAAUCCCGACGGAGGUACUCUUUUGACUUCUGCUCCCUGGACAACCCGGAGGCCAUUCCGUCUGACACCAGCACAAAAAACCGGCAUGGCCACCGGCAGAAGCACCUCAUGGUGGACAACUUCCUGGCCCAUGAAAGCCUCAAGAAGCCAAAGCACAAGAGGAAACGGAAAAGCCUGCAAAACCGUGAUGAUCUCCAGUUUCUGGCAGACCUGGAAGAGCUCAUAACCAAGUUCCAGGUGUUCAGGAUCUCCCACCGGAGUUACACCUUUUACCAUGAGAAUCCAUAUCCCAGCAUUUUUCGAAUUAAUUUUGAUCACUAUUACCCGGUGCCAUAUAUCCAGUAUGACCCGUUGCUCUAUCUUCGUAGGACUUCAGACUUGAAGUCAAAGAAGAAACGUGGUAGGCCUGCAAAAACCAAUGACACCAUGACAAAGGUGCCUUUUUUACAAGGGUUCAGCUACCCUAUUCCCAGUGGAAGUUACUAUGCACCCUAUGGAAUGCCUUACACAUCAAUGCCUAUGAUGAACCUCGGUUAUUACGGUCAGUACCCAGCUCCUUUGUACCUAUCGCACACACUUGGAGCAGCUUCCCCAUUUAUGAGGCCAACAGUGCCCCCACCUCAGUUCCACACGAGCUCCCAUGUAAAGAUGUCUGGUACAGCUAAGCAUAAAGCCAAGCAUGGAGUACACCUGCAAGGACCUGUUGGCAUGGGCCUUGGUGACAUGCAGCCAUCCCUGAACCCUCCCAAGGUGGGCAGUGCCAGUCUGUCCAGCAGUCGGCUCCACAAGAGGAAACAUAAACACAAGCAUAAGCACAAGGAAGACCGGAUCCUAGGGACCCAUGACAACCUGAGUGGUCUCUUUGCAGGCAAAGCCACAGGCUUCUCCAGCCACAUCCUGAGCGAGCGGCUGAGCAGCGCAGACAAAGAGCUCCCAUUGGUGAGUGAGAAGAACAAGCAUAAGGAGAAACAGAGGCACCAGCACAGUGAAGCCAGCCACAGAGCUUCUAAGAACAACUUUGAAGUGGACACCCUGUCUACACUGUCACUUUCUGAUGCCCAGCAUUGGACGCAGACCAAGGACAAAGGUGACCUGAGCAGUGAGCCUGUGGACUCAUGCACUAAAAGGUACUCUGGCAGUGGUGGGGACAGUGGCAGCACGAGAUCAGACAGCCUGGACGUAUUCAGUGAAAUGACCCCUUCAAAUGACAAGUGGGACAAUGAUGUGAGUGGGAGUAAAAGGAGGAGCUUUGAGGGCUUUGGGACGUACAGAGAGAAGGACAUCCAAGCCUUCAAGAUGACCCGCAAGGAGAGAAGUUCUUAUGACUCCUCCAUGUCUCCAGGGAUGCCAAGUCCACACCUAAAAGUGGACCAGACAGCAGCGCUUAGUAAGAAUGAGGGCUCGGCAUCCACCGUGAUGACCAGGAAGAAGCCAGCCACAGUGGACAGUGUUGCAAUGCCACCAGCCCCAGUGUUAUCUCUCCUUGCUGCAUCUGCAGCCACGGCGGACACAGCCAGCUCCGCCUUGAAGAAGCGAUUCAAGCGGCGGGAGAUCGAAGCCAUCCAGUGCGAAGUGCGGAAGAUGUGCAACUACACCAAGAUUCUGUCCACCAAGAAGAAUCUGGACCACGUGAACAAGAUCCUCAAGGCCAAGCGGCUGCAGAGACAAUCAAAGACAGGCAACAACUUCGUCAAGAAGAGGAGAGGGCGUCCCCGGAAGCAGCCCACCCAGUUCGAUGAGGACUCCAGAGAUCAAAUGCCGGUGCUGGAAAAAUGCAUCGACCUGCCCAGCAAAAGGGGGCAGAAGCCCAGCCUGAGCCCGCUCGUGCUGGAGCCAGCCGCCAGCCAAGACACCAUCAUGGCCACCAUCGAGGCGGUCAUCCACAUGGCCCGGGAGGCGCCGCCCCUGCCCCCGCCGCCGCCGCCGCCCCUCCCGCCCCCGCCGCCCCCGCCGCCGCCCCCGCCCCCGCCGCUGCCCAAGACGACCCCCCGAGGCGGAAAGAGGAAACACAAACCUCAGCCUCCCGCUCAGCCCCCGCAGCAGCCGCCCCCGCAGCAGCCCCUCCCCCAGGAAGACGAGGUCAAGGCCAAAAGGCAGAGGAAAUCCCGAGGGAGUGAGAGCGAUGCCCUUCCCUAGGGUGGGUCUGGACGUCUGCACCUGGGGCUGGGGGGACUGACACAUUGGAAGUGCAGCGAGCCGGGUGGGGGCGGAAUCCCCCCUUCAGGGACACCGAUGCCCAUCUCCAGAAGCUGGGCAGGCAGAAUCGGGCCAGAUGACGGGGCUGAGCCGUCAGGAGCUCUUGGGAAAGCAAAGCAGGAGGACGCCUUCAAAAGCAGCCUGUCUGUGUGCCACGGCAGUGCCCGACCAAGGGGCGCCUCGGCAUGGCUAGAUCCUUUGCAGGCGAGAGAAGACCCCUCCAGGAGGAGAAAGCUGGUCUGAUGGCCACCUGACCUCCCUCAUCCGAGGUGCGCCCUUGAUUCCCAUUUUGUUUGCUUGGCCAGGAAAAUCGAAAGGGAAACACUCCCAAUUAGGAAACAUUCCAAGGAGAAAAGAGCCGCAAAUUUCUCAACUGGCUUUGUUGUAACCCACUUCUAUUUAAUUGGUUUUUAUUUCUUCUGGUUUUCAAGCUCUGCUAGGCUUUGGGACACCAACAUUAUCGUCAGGUGACCCGGAUCGUUCCGUUAACAAUAGUUUCUCAGAUGAAAUAAUGGGAUCAGAAGGUGGAAUUCUAGUGAUAGGCGACCUUAGACCUGCAUUCAUCUAAUUCUGUAUGCUUCCUCUAUCACACAUACACUGAUUUUUAGCAUCAUUUGUUUCUACUUUUCCUUUGCCCAUUGUACUUCCAUGUACCUUUAUAUUAACUUACUUGCUGCCUUCUUUUUCUUGAUACCCAUCUACGUAGUGUAAACCUUACCUGUGUUGUAAAGUUCACCCUAGGCAUUCUGUUCCGAGGAACUUGGCUUUGAAUCCCAAUCAUUGUGAAAAAAAUACUCAGUAUCGAUAGAGCUUUUUAGUAAGUGACUCAGAGCAGCCAAGGAUAUGUUGACGGAAGUGUCAACCAGGUUAUUUUUAUACUUAAAAUAUAUCAGCAGAGAACAAGCAGAAUAAAGUGAUUUUAACAUCCCACAGCUAAUGGAAUAACUGAAAAAUUGCCAAAAACUGAAACCCCAGACCCACCAGAAAGACAAGUGUCUAGCAAUGCCUAUGUAUGUGAUCUUUUUCAUACAAAUAAUUAUCCUAGGUUGUUGAAAAAAGGAAAACAAAAAGAAAAUAAAAGCCCAUUAUCUCUUGAUAAUUAUUUCUUAAAAGCAAAUGAGAGUAAGUGUUCUUAUCUUAAAAAAAAAAAAAAAAAGAAAGAAAGAAAGAAAGAAAAUGCUCAAAGGGGAUCACCACUCGAAUUGUAUCAAGCCGCCUUGGACAAAGGAUCCAAAUUGUGGUUGCCUUAAUAAACUAAAACAUUUUUGUACAUAAUGUAAUUAUAAAUCUAUCAGUCUGCAUGGAUGCAAACUGUGUGUGACAAAUCGUCUUUUAAAUGGUCGAUUUCAACUGUACAUUUCUCAUCCGAGUUGUACUCUAGCCAUUGGUUUAGCGUGGACUGAUAUUCCAUCUCUAUUAUCCAUUUCCACAGCCCAAGUAAAACAUGUUAAGAAGACUCAGAAUGAAUAUGAAGUUAUUCCAUUGCAGUAGAUGUUUUUUAAAAGUCAGAUGUGGAAAUUUCGAAUAAGUAUUUUCAAUUUCUUCCCUCACUCCUCCCCUUAUCUUCCCCAAGACAUCAAACACCUGGCAUGAUAGAUUAUAGAAAGAGAGACACCAAGAGAGAAUUAAAUUUUCUAAUGUGAAUUAAAAGAUCUUGUUUACCUCCAAAUUAAGUUUCUUUACAGAAAGUUUGGACAAGCUUGUAUUAUCACUCAGAAUACAAUAUUAUUUCAUUAGAGACAGAUGGAUUUUUGUUAGGAACAUAAGAGAGUAAGUGAUGGGGUAUAUACAGGAGUAAAUUUUAAAAUCCCAAGUUAAUAUGCUUGCAAACAUCACUGCUCCGUCAUGGCAGCAACAGUUGGUUGAAAUUACGCACAGAGUCAUCCUGUUCUGCACUGUCACCACGGAUUUCACAUCACAUGCUACCCACUAGGUCGUAUUUAAUCCUAGCAAUAUGUAAAUUUAAAGAACUGCAUUCCCUUGUACAUUAAAGCUUAUAUCCUAGAUACUCAGUUUGUGACCUGGGUUGACCUUUGGCAUUUCACACAAGUUGAACAGCAAAAUCAAACCAGUCAUUUUCAAUUUGUCAUUCCCAAGCCAUGUCUGAGUGGUUCCAAAGUCACCCGAGGGGAAGGUUUAAAUUAGCCCCUCUCACCCCACCAUUGCUAUGAAAGAGCAACCAUUUUCACUCCAAUUAAGCCAUAAGAGGUUUCUCUUCCUGCUGGAACUUGAAAAUCAUUUCCUUCACUCUUUCUUUUGCCCUUCCACCUUCCCAUGUUCUACUGUCUCCCCAACCAAGUCUGUAAACAGACUAAAUCUAACAGAGGAGAACAAGCUGGCACUUGAUAAAUUUCUUAAAGGAGGACCCAAAGUUUAAUUGGCAUCAACCUCUAGUAGGAAAGAAAUUCCAAAUAACUUUGGGACAUAUGAAAAUUUCCAUGCCAAUGAAAGAUAUUCCAGGAGAGAUACAGUGGAGUUGCAACUUACAUAUGAAUUUGCAUCUACAGUUAUCAUGUCAGUUAAAUGCAAAUACUCUACAUGUCAACUCUCAGAAGAGAUUGGAAAAUUGCAGAGGACCAAAGCUGAGGCAUACUAAACAGCUGCUCAGAGGUAGAAUAAAGUCCACUCACCUAAACAGCUGCCUCUCUCCACCACCCAGUUCCUCUACCAGUAUCGUGUUACUUUUUUUUUUUUUUUUCUCUUUUGCUUUUCAUUAACGUACUCAUCUCAUUGGUACAACCAUUUCUGUGCUCUCUACCACCUUUCCUAUAGCCUCUCCUCUCCUGUCCAGGCUCAACAUUAGCCCAAUCUGGUUUCACAUUUAUUUGGUUGCAGAGCCAGCGAGAGAACCCAAAUGUCUUGACCCAGAUUGUGGAGGUCUUUAGCCACCCAAUGCUGUCUUCUUGGACUGCCUUUUUGUUUUGAGAGGAGAUCAUUUGGGAUGCACAAGACUCCAUAUAUAGCUCUAUAAAAUAUUUUAUAAUAAGAGCAAGACCUCAAUUUUCAAUUCUUAUUCUUUUUUCUUUUUUUUUUUUGGAAUACUCGUCUUCAGCAAACAGCUGUUGACCCACUUAUGAGAAGUUUGAUUAGAGCUGAGAAAAGGAUGAAAUCUAGAUAUAAAAGCCUUCUUAAAGGUGAUGAUGGAUCUUUAAUCUACCUUACUAAGUGGCUGGGGGCCACUUGCUUUUCAACCCCUCAACUCAAAUGAGAGGAACAGAAGUUUAACUUCCUCAAGUAGCCCAGCUCUGGCCACAACCCAAGGAAGAAAUGUAGGAAAGGAGCAUGUCUAGGGAUGGUUUGUGUCUUGGUAGGACCAGGACUCAGCAGCCACUGAUAGCCCAAAGAAGGUGACUGAGGGCUGGCAGAAUAUUAGCAUGUUAACUUGGCUGCUGUUCUGAGUAAGAAGCCGUGUCCAAUGGUAGUCAGAAUUUGUGCACAUUGCUGGGCCUAUAAAUAUGAUAAGCAAGUGUUGACAGAAUUAUAGUAUAAGGUGAUGUACUACAUGCAGAUCAUGCAGAUCAUAAAGGAUUUGGUUUUAGGACUUAAAUAGAAAAUCCCACUCCUAGCUUAUUACCCAACAAUAUUUAGAUAAAGAGCUUUUGGAGAAUAUUUUUUUCCCUAUCACUAGGAAGAUUUACCUGGGAACUGUCUAAAGUCUAUACAUAUAUUUCCAAAGCCUUUAAAUGCCAGCUGUAGCAUGGAGAGGGGGGUGGCAGAAGCCGAAAUGCCUCAAAAGCCAUUUAAGUGUUACGUUGCAGGAUUUUCAGUCCUUCUUGUUAUGUAAGAGUAGAUAAAUAUAGACAUUUUUCUCAACACUAUCCUAUAGCAUCACAAUGGUCCAAAUGCCACAGCCUACUGAUAAUGUCAUCACAGUGCCUAGAAACUCUUAACUGUAAUAUACCGUAGCAUUUUCUUGGUGUUUCUUAAAGUUUCUUUCCACAAUACAAGGCUCCCUCUGCCUCUUGUUUCUUGGAGAGUUUGCCCCACUGAUGAGUCUUCCUUCCCUGUUGGACUCAGUCAUUUGGGGAACAGUUUUAGAAGCACAUAUCAACCAAGGAAGAAACUUCCUGGAUUUCUAUUGCCCACUUGCCCAGGUUUAAUAAACACUAAAGGGGGGAAAAUUAAAAAUAGCUGCCAAUCGGUCAACAUGGAAGGGCAGUUCCACCCUAGGUUGGUGUCUCUUUUUUUUUUUUUUCCUUUUUUAAAAAUCUAUUUCUUAAAUAAUAAUAAAUGCACAUGAUGUGUUAAAUAUGUACAUAUAUAUUUCAAAAGAAAAAAUGGGGCACAAGAUUGUCUUACAAGUCGUGCUGGCUAAUUUUUAGUUUGUAUUCAUAAGUGGUUUUUAAAAGCCUUUUUUAAA